AUGCAUAAUGUGAUAACAAAUGUUCAAGCAGCUGGUCAUGUGUACUUAGUACGAAGUAAAUCAGAUGCAUCAGAAUCGGCUCAUAUGCUUCUUAUAUUUGAUAUGUUGGGUUGUUCUGAUGAACAAAAUAUCUCAGGUUUAAUGGUGCAUUUGAAAGCAAAUAUUGGUGACCAAUGUUAUCCAAAUACAACAAGUCUAGAAAUAAAACCAUGGACUAUUUUGCGCAAAGAAUUUCAUAUUAUCCAUAUUGGAAAUUUGAAGGAAAGUGAAUAUUUAUUAGAUCCAACUAUUGUACCGUCUUAUGUUGUACAAUAUCAGACACCUGCUAUUUUUCAACAAAUAGCUGAUAUAACUAUACCAAUUGGUACUCGAUGUACUUUAAUUCAAUUAUUAGCAAAUAAUGUCUAUAAUAAAUUAGUAUCCGAUAAUAACAAUCAAGAACGGUGGACGUCGUCCUUUAAUUGCGAAACAUUUGCGCGAAGUUUUUUAAUCCAUGGAUUAGGAUUAAAAUGGCCUGAUAUAGAAAUAGCUGGUGAUCAAUCCGUUUAG